UCAAAUAAUAUUAUUUUCCGAAGAGAGCAUUUAAAAGAAAGAAGCGUAGGUUUUUCUCAUAAACCCUAAUCCUACUUUGGAGAAGAAUUUCGGAGGAAGAAGAUGACUCAGAAAGCAAAUCUAUUCAAAGGUAAACAGAAGACGAAAACCAUUCCUCCCAAUCGCCAUGGAAAAAUCCCCCAAACUCGCAAAGGGAAAAGAUUCGUGAAGCCAUCAAAGACUACCAAAGAGAUGGAAACAGAUCGGGAAGUAAGCAAAUUCAUAAACUACUGCAACGAAACGAAGGCGGCUACUUUAGCGAACAAGGAAGGUGGGCAGCUGAGUAUUGUGAAAACUCCAGCGAAUGCGGAUAAUAGCAAUGCAAAGAAAGAGUAGAGAAGAAUUCAGACUUGUUAGUGUUACAAUAUUGUGAAAUUAUUUGUGAUGUUAUUUCUUUUUCCAUCCAUUUUAUCCCCACUCGGUUGAGAAGGUGAAAAUGAUGUGUUGGAUUCAUCUUCUUCCAACGCUGUUCUCAAUUUUGUUAGGAGUAAAUGAUUUAUAUAUAAUAUUUUUGUUUUUACUUUUGUAAGAAUAGCAUAUGAGAAAAUCAAGAGAAAAGACCAAUCACAAACUUGGUCACUUUUUUGUUUGAUCAAAAUGCAAACAAAAUUAGAAGUUAA